AUGGAGGACAAGAAAAUAAUGAUCUUGACGAUGAUGAUAACAAUGAUGGUCGUGGGGAUGAAGACGAUUGUAGCGCAGAAUGCUACAACCCCCACUCCUAUUCCUUUCACUAGUUGUUAUAGCAGGUGCUUCUUCUUUUGUAUGAUCGAACCCCAGAAUAUGUGCACAUGUACCUCAACAUGUCUCAAAAAAUGCCUCGACACGCCUGCUGCUACGCCAAUGGCUAUGGAUGAACAUACACUAAAUCUUGGUUAUUGCAAGCUUGGUUGUGCCACUUCUUUGUGCUCUAACAUUAGCCAACUAAACAAUCCUAAUGUACAAAGUAUGGGAAGAUGCGUGGAUUCUUGUUCUAAUAAGUGCACAAUUAGUUAUUAUUUAUCACCUUAA